AUGAUAAGACAAGAGGCGAAGGAGGCGACGGAAGUAAAGGCGAAGGAGGCGACGGAAGCAAAGGCGAAGGAGGCGACGGAAGCGAAGGAGGCGACGGAAGCGAAGGAGGCGACGGAAGCAAAGGAGGCGACGGAAGCAAAGGCGAAGGAGGCGACGGAAGCAAAGGCGAAGGAGGCGACGGAAGCAAAAGCGAAGGAGGCGACGGAAGCAAAGGCGAAGGAGGCGACGGAAGCGAAGGAGGCGACGGAAGCAAAGGCGAAGGAGGCGACGGAAGCGAAGGAGGCGACGGAAGCAAAGGCGAAGGAGGCGACGGAAGCGAAGGAGGCGACGGAAGCAAGGGGAGGAGCGACGGAAGCAAGGCGAAAGGAGCGACGAAAGGCGAAGGAGGCGACGGAAGCGAAGGAGGCGACGGAAGCAAAGGCGAAGGAGGCGACGGAAGCAAAGACGAACUUACACCCCAAAGUCAACAACAACAACAAAAAGAAAACAGUGAUUGCUAUCAAGUUCAUCCCUCAGCAACCAUCUAGAAUUGAAAGCAAUUCCACACGAUUGAUAUUUCAUUCAAACACGAACUAG